CAAUAUAUUAAUAAAUUUAUUUUAAACUAAAUAAUUAGAAUCCAGAAUUUGAGGAUAUCAUCUCAUUUAAUAGUGCAGGAAAUGCUUUUAUAGUCAAGGAUCAAAAUGGAUUUAGUGAUUUCAUUUUACCAAAAUAAUUUAAACAUCAGAACUUUAGUUCCUUCAUUAGACAAUUGAACAUGUAUGGCUUCAAGAAGAUAAGAAAUGUCAACAAUCAGUAUUAGUUCAGUCAUCAUUACUUCUUAAAAGGAAGAGAGUAAUCUAAUUGAUUAGAAUAGAGAUCUUCUUUACAAAAUCAUGAGGAAAAAUGGAGUUAUGCAGAGAUGCCAUUAUCUCAAAUUGCAGAAUAAAGCAAAGCAAGAAGUUACUCAAUUAUAUUCCAACUAUUCAGAAUUGAAGACAGAUAUCGAAUAAAUAUAAAAAGAACUCAUCUACUUCUAUUAAUAAUUUGAUUAAGUUACAAUUAUUGAUAUGCUCCCUAGUUUUAAAGUACCCUAACAACUUUGAUUGAUUCCUCUAGACAAUAGAUUAGAGAAUUAAGUAUUAUAAAGAAUUAAAAUUCCAUUUGUAAUGACUUACUUUUCUAGGUAUUGGCUAAUGUAUCUAAAUCACAACCUGAAUAAAAAUACCAUUGUAAAUAUUUCCACAAUAUUCCCAAUAGUCCAAUAUCCCUUUACUAACUCAACUCAAUAAACUUAAACUACUAAAAGUAAUGGAAGUGAUAAAGAUGAAUUGAAUAAUGAUAAUGAAAAUAACAACAAUUCAAGCAAAGAGGGUAAAAUUUAUAUUAUUGUUAUUAUUUUAAGACACCAAUCAAAGUUUUUAGAGUAAUUCCUUUAGAGAACCCCAAUAAUAAUUGAAAUCAGAUUGAGCCAAAUUUGGAAUUAUAUAUUUCAAAAAUGCAACUAAAUUAUUAAUUAAUCAUUAUUCUUCCCAAACUUAGUUUUGUCACAUUUUCAUUGUAAUCUGACAAUUUAGGUGGAAUCGGUGGAAUCAUUUUAUUAUUUUUAAAAUGAAUUGUAAUCUGAAACUUCUAAAUAACUAGUACAAUCUUAUUCCAACUUAAAGGCUCUAAAUGUUAAAUGA